AUGCCACUGAUGUCUCCCGGAAUUGAAGAGGCAGAUGUCAUAAAGAAGAAGAAGAAGGAAACGAAGGCAAAAGAGAAAGAGUUGAAAAAGCAAAAAGCUUUAAACAAAGCUCUCAAGCUUCAGGAGCAACAAGCAAGUCCUUGUACUUCUAAGACGAGUAAAAAGAAGAUUGUGAGGCUUUAUGAUGAGGAAGAUGAAAAUGCAAAGGACCCAGAGACUCCAUUUGGAGAGAAGAAACGGAUGGCUGGUCAAAUGACAAAAAUCUACUAUCCAAGAGCUGUAGAGAAAUCGUGGUAUGAGUGGUGGGAGAAAAUGGGGUUCUUCUUGGCAGAUGCUAACAGCUCCAAACCUCCAUUUGUGAUUGUUUUGCCUCCCCCCAAUGUGACUGGUACCCUUCAUAUAGGCCAUGCUCUUACUGCUGCUAUUGAGGACACUAUCAUUCGAUGGCGUAGAAUGUCCGGUUACAAUACCUUGUGGGUGCCUGGAAUGGAUCAUGCCGGGAUAGCAACACAGGUUGUUGUUGAAAAGAAGCUUAUGAGUGAAAAACAUUUAACCAGACACGAUAUUGGUCGUGAGGAAUUUGUGGCUGAGGUUUGGGAAUGGAAAAAAAAGCAUGGGAGCACCAUUUUACAGCAGUUGCGCCGUUUGGGUGCUUCACUAGAUUGGUCCCGUGAGUCCUUCACUAUGGAUCAGAAAAGAUCAAAUGCUGUGACAGAGGCUUUUGUAAGGCUUCAUAAGCAAGGGCUUCUCUACAGGGAUAAUCGCAUAGUGAAUUGGGAUUGUGUGUUGCGCACAGCAAUAUCUGACAUUGAGGUGGAUUACAUUGAUAUAGAAGAAAGGACACUACUGAUGGUUCCUGGAUAUGAGAACCCUGUGGAGUUUGGCAUUCUAACUUCUUUUGCAUACCCUCUGGAGGAAGAUUUAGGUGAGAUUGUGGUGGCCACCACAAGAGUGGAAACUAUGCUUGGUGAUACUGCUAUUGCUGUGCACCCUAAUGACGAGAGGUAUCGGCAUCUUCAUGGAAAACAUGCCAUCCAUCCUUUCAAUGGAAGAAGGAUUCGUAUAGUAUGUGAUGAAAUUCUUGUUGAUCCAGAAUUUGGGACUGGUGCUGUGAAGAUUACCCCAGCCCAUGAUCCUAAUGACUUUAAUGUUGGAAAGCGCCAUAAUCUUGAGUUCAUUAACAUCUUUACUGAUGACGGAAAAAUAAACCAGGAUGGUGGAGAAUUUGCAGGAAUGCCACGUUUCAAAGCCCGAGAGGCAGUGACUGAAGAACUAAAGAAGAAGGGCCUCUUCAAAGAAGCAAAGAACAAUGAGAUGCGCCUUGGAAUUUGCUCUAGAAGCCAAGAUGUUGUGGAACCCAUGAUAAAGCCCCAGUGGUACUUAAAAUGCAAUGGUAUGGGAAAGCAAGCCCUUGAUGCUGCCAUAGAUGAUGAAGAUAGAAAGCUUGAGAUCAUCCCCAGACAGUAUACUUCUGAAUGGAAGAGAUGGCUUGAAAACAUUCGUGAUUGGUGCGUUUCGAGGCAACUUUGGUGGGGUCACCGUGUUCCUGCCUGGUAUGUUGUAUAUCAGAGUGAUAAGCCGGAAUAUUUUGGAAUAGUUGAUACGCGAUGGGUGGUUGCAAGAAAUGAGGAAGAGGCUCAUGCACAGGCUAGUGAUACAUAUGAGGGGAAGUUUCAAUUAAUUCAGGAUCCUGAUGUCCUUGACACAUGGUUUUCUUCUGGUCUCUUCCCAAUGUCUGUGUUGGGCUGGCCAGAUGACACUGAAGAUCUAAAGGCGUUUUAUCCGACUUCAGUUCUUGAAACUGGGCAUGAUAUUCUUUUUUUCUGGGUUGCCCGUAUGGUCAUGCUCGGAAUGACACUGGGUGGCAAUGUACCUUUUACCAAGGUAUAUUUGCACCCGAUGAUUCGUGAUGCACAUGGGCGUAAAAUGUCAAAAUCGUUGGGAAAUGUCAUUGAUCCAGUUGAUGUAAUAAAUGGUGUCACCCUUGAAGGUCUACAGAAGAAGCUUUUAGAGGGAAAUUUGGAUGCCAAGGAAGUAGCUUCCUCGGAAGAAGGUCUAAAGAAAGACUUUCCUAAUGGGAUUGAGGAAUGUGGUGCAGAUGCACUGCGUUUUGCUCUUGUGUCUUAUACUGCUCAGCAUGAUAAGAUAAAUCUGGACGUCCAAAGGGUUGAGGGCUAUAGUAUCUGGUGUAAUAAAUUGUGGAAUGCCGUACGAUUUGCUCUGAGCAUACUUGGGGAUGAAUAUGUUCCACCUUCAAGUGUAAAUCCAAAUGUGUUUCCAUUUAGUUGCCAGUGGAUACUCUCGGUACUGAAUAAGGCCAUAUCCAAAACUGUUUUGUCACUGGAAUCGUACGAGUUAUCAGAUGCAGCCACUGCAGUGCAUGCUUGGUGGCAGUACCAGUUGUGUGAUGUUUUUAUUGAAGCUAUCAAGCCUUACUUUUCUGGUAACGAUCCAAAGUUUGUGUCUGAAAGGGGAUUUGCACGAGACACACUAUGGUUAUGUCUUGACAAUGGGCUACGGUUGCUCCAUCCGUUUAUGCCAUUUGUCACAGAAGAACUGUGGCAGCGUCUUCCAUCUUCAGGGAGUCACAAGAGGGCAACAUCAAUUAUGAUAUGUGAUUACCCAUCCACUAUAGAGUACUGGACAAAUGAAAGGGUGGAGUCUGAGAUGAACCUUAUAGAGUCUCUUGUGAAAUCUCUCCGUUCACUUGCAAAAGAAAGUCGUGAAAGGCGAUCAGCUUUUGUGAUUUGUCAAACGAUUUUGGAUCGGCAGAUAAUAUGCAGCCAUCAACUGGAGAUUGAAACUCUUGCCUAUUUGUCAUCUUUGACAGUAGUCAGCCCGAAUGACUGCUUUCCACUGCCAACCGAAUCCGAUGGAUAUGUGAUGUCUGAUGUAAAUGAAAACCUUUCGGUUUUUCUGAAGGUUCCAAGAGUAAAGGCAGACCCUGAAAAGAUCAGAGAGAAGAUGGAAAAACUCAUACUGCAACGGGAAAAUCUGCUAUUGAUGAUAAGUGCUCCUGGGUACCAAGAAAAGACCUCUGAGAAGAUUCAAGAAUCCAAUGCGCACAAGCUAGCCUCCUUGGAAAAGCAAAUGAAGUCUUUGAAAAUGCAGUCUUAA